UGGGUUCCGACCGAAUCCUACCGUCUCUUGUUUCUUGUUUCUUUCCACCGUCAUCACAGUAACUUUUCUGUUAUAAUUCUUUGAUUAGCAGCAUACUAGCAGUUCGUUGACAAUGCGACCACGAAACUCGGUUGCACAAGCGCCCGUCGAUAACGGCAAGAAGCCCCGCAGACCCCCCAAAAAGCGUGUGCGUGGGUCUGACGUCGACGGAAAUCAGCCAAAUGUCGAAGUCGUCAAAGUCGGUGCAAGGAGAGCCAAAUGGCAGCCCAAGCCGGGAAAACUUGCCGCCCUGAUGAAUUUACCUCUGGACGUCUUAUUCGAGGUCUUUGGCCACUUGAAUCCUUUAGAUAUACUUCGUCUGGCUCGUACGACGAAAGAAUUUAGACGCGUGCUCAUGCAUCGUUCUUCAAUGUCCGUAUGGAAAAACGCUAGAGACAACGUGCCAAACAUGCCAGAUUGUCCUCCUUUCUGGACGGAACCCCAUUAUGCGAACCUAGCUUUCGAUCCCCAUUGUCACGAAUGCGGUGCUCCUGGUGUGCGCAACGUCGACUGGCGCAUCGGCAGGCGUAUCUGCGCAAAGUGCUCCAAGACUUGCAUGGUAGAUGCCUACCACGGAGAGUCCGUAAUUAGCGGCCUUGUUCCGAGUAAAUAUGGCAAACGGGGUCGUCUUCUAUUCUACCGCAAGGAUGUCGAAGAGGUCCAGAAGAAUUUGCAUCUCCUCGCAGGUUCAGAUGGGCUUGAAGCCUAUCGCGAAGAGCGAAGGGCAUUCGUCAAGGAAAUGGAAACGCAAGCGAAAGCGUUAGAAGCAUGGGCAGCGUCUCAAGCUAAAGACCGAUCCGAUCAACUAGAGGAUGCUAGGCGGGACAGGAAAACUGCCAUCAUCGAAAGGCUUACUGAAAUUGGUUGGGGUGAUGAAAUCGAACAUAUCCCAUACACAGACGAUUUGAGCCAUCACAAGUUGGUCAAGCAACCCACCCGCCUGACGGAUCGCAUUUGGAAUAACAUCAAGAACGACAUGAUCAAGUACAUGGAAGAAAUGAGAACACGACGUCUGGAGCGCGAGCGCAAGGCCCUGCUUAUUGCCCGAAAGCGUACCGCCAUUGGGGUUCUGCGUCGCUAUAAAAUCGCUCAACUCCCAUUCACCGGUGUUAUGCCAGAGGCAGUGGACUUCUGUUCCUUCCCCGAGGUCAAGGCAACUGUUGAAAUGCCCACAGAGACAGAAGUUACGGAAGCGUCCUUUGUGGACGUUUCUUCCCGAAUGCAUGACUUAGUCAACUCCUGGCGCACUCACAUCCACUCCCAGCUCAGGGCUAGAGUCAAAGAUAAUCUGCUUUUUGCCGGAAAGCGGCGUGCGUCUGCGGAGCGAGUGACACCGGAUCCAUUAUACCAGGAGUACGUGGAAAGCCUUGGUGCUACUAUAGACGUCAAAGGCAAGAAAAAGGAAGUAUCGCUAUCAGUGCCCGGUGACGCUGAGAUCGAUCAGAUGAUUCCGUUAGCGACGACUGUGUUUCGCUGCAAAACAUGCACUCCAUCCAUUGGACUCCCAGGCGAUUCGUCCGAUAGUGAAUAUGACGAUUUCCUUGAUAUUCUCGGCGGACGUCGGUCCAGAUCCGUUCCCCUCUUCUAUCCCAAAGUCAUGGGACAUUGUUGCCUAACCAGAUCGAGAACGCUACCUUGGGACUAUUUUGCCACGGACGACCCCAACUUCCGCAUUGAUUUUCCAAUGAGCACCCGCACAAAUUGGAACACCCACCUCCUGCAGGUGGAUGAACAGGCAAGCAAGGCUGCUCGUACCGUUGUGGAGGCAUGCGGUGAAGAUCCGCUCAUCACCACUGCGACCAAAAUGGAUGAGUUAGAUCCCCGCUUGGCCUGCCUGGACUGCAUGAGGUGGUCCAAGCAUGAGGUGAAUCAAGGCGAGGUACCCGUCUUCACUUGGCGUUCAGCGGUUCAGCACAGAAUGCGGGAGCAUCGCCCUGACCGACAGCCACCUAAAUGGAAGAAACUCGAGGGUGAAUUACUCGAGGAGUCCAACCAAAAUGCUCGCAAUAUGCAUAUACACAUUUUCGAUUUUCCACCUUUCGCAGAUAUCACCCAACCUGCUGCAGGCGUCAUCUGGCUUUGCGUCCACUGCAUGGAUUUGCCACAGGAGAGAGAAUGCCAUGAACUUGGCAAGAUGAAGAAUCACCUUUCUACAAUUCAUGGCAUCGAAGAGCCUGUGGAAGAUCAAGAUUAUUACAAGGACUAUGAAGCACCGCAGGGCCGCAGACCAGACUUCAAACUUUCUGAUUCCGUAGUCACUUUGCAAAUGGAAAGGCCACCUCAUGUUCCUCUACCUGGGCAUGGUUUCUUCAACUUUGAGGAUGAUGAAGAUGAUGAAGAUGAUUAUGGAGACUACGAUGAUGAGGAUGACUUUUAUUUGGGUAACUCUUUUUUCCCUAUCUUCUGAUUGGAACAAUAACAUUCACCAUAAUUGCUACCCCUACAAAUACAUACUUAGCUCGAGUCUUAAUAUUACUGGACACAUUUCUUGAUGCAACGAAUUUUAACACAUUCUACAUCAAUUCUACA